GAAAACGGGGGCGGGGGAAGGAGUGGUAAGGGGAAGGAAGGGGGGGCGAGCGCGCCCGCCCUCCCGCCCACGCCGCGGCUUCGCGCAGCGGGGCGGCGUGGGGGAGGGUGUACGGGUGCGUGCACGCGCGCGUGGGUGGGCGCCCCGCCCCCGCGCGCCCCCGGUGCCCCUCCCCUUUCCCUCCCCCCCCCCCCCGCCUAUUUAGGGUCGCGGCGGCGCGGGCGGAGACCCAGAAGCGGCGGCGGCGGGUGGGUGCGCGCCCCGCGUCUCGCAGCCAUGAACCCCAGCUGUGCUCGCUGCAGCAAGAUCGUCUACCCCACGGAGAAGGUGAACUGCCUCGACAAGUUCUGGCAUAAAGCAUGUUUCCACUGCGAGACCUGCAAGAUGACUCUAAACAUGAAAAACUACAAGGGCUACGAUAAGAAGCCGUAUUGCAACGCACACUACCCGAAGCAGUCCUUCACCAUGGUGGCAGACACCCCCGAGAACCUGCGUCUAAAGCAGCAGAGCGAGCUUCAGAGCCAGAUUCGCUACAAGGAGGAGUUUGAGAAGAACAAGGGAAAAGGCUUUAGCGUGGUGGCUGACACCCCGGAGCUGCAGAGAAUCAAAAAGACUCAGGAUCAGAUCAGCAACAUAAAAUACCACGAAGAGUUCGAGAGGAGCAGAAUGGGCCCGAGCCCCAGCGAGGGCGCUGAGCUGGAGCGCAGGAACUCCCAGGAGAGCACCAAUUACCGGAGACCCGCCGAGCAGCAGCAUCAGCCGCCUCAUCACGUCCAACCCAGCAACCCAGGCUACCAGCAGCAGCAGCCGUCGUCUCAGUCCUACGGCUACAAGGAGCCCACGGCGCCAGCCUCUACACAGCGCAACGCUCCUUCUGGAGGGGGGAAGCGUUUCCGCGCCGUCUACGAUUACAACGCGGCUGACGAAGACGAGGUCUCCUUCCAGGACGGUGACACCAUCAUCAACGUGCAGCAGAUCGACGACGGGUGGAUGUACGGCACGGUGGAGCGCACGGGCGACACGGGCAUGCUCCCCGCCAACUACGUGGAGGCCAUCUGAGCCGCGGGAGGGGACGGGGCACGUGGCUGAGAGCCGAGCCCCCCCACCCCACCCCACACCCCCCCCCAAAUAUGUGUGUGUGUGUGCGCGCGUCUCUCUGCCCCGGCAUCCCUUAGCCCGCGUGCUCUGGCGUCGCCCGCCGGAGCCACGUCCUGACAUCUCGGUGACUCCGUGUUUCUGCAGCCGUCUCCGGUUUCUCUUGCCAAUUUAGCUUUGUUCUAGCUCUGUCGGGACCGAGGGACUGUCUGCAAGGGAUGUUGGGGGGCUCGAGAGACCAAACCGCCGCAGCUUUCCUUCUCCUUCCGUCUCCCUCCUCUCCAGCCCGCCCAGGUACUCUGGGAUUUCCUGGCUGGGGGAAGCAGCCAGAAUUGCCGGGACCUCAGCAAAGGGGGGAGGAGACCAUCUUAGGACCAAAUUCCCCCCACUCGGGUGGGGACGGGCGAUGUCUGCGUGGGCGAGGUGAGAGACGCUCGCCCCGGGGGCUGCCCUGGGCUGCCGGGAGGGAUGGGCUGGCAGCCUCCACCCUGCACGGCUCUGGCUCAUCCCGUUGCUUCUCCCAGCUCCUCUGUGGGGUUGUUUCCGUUCAGUCUUCGCUCCCUUCCGUCCUCAAAACAGAAAAACAUUCACAAUUUAAAAUCUUGACCUUUCUUUUUUCUUGGGGUUCAGAGCGGUUGCUCUGGACAGCCCUGGAAGCGGCUCUUUUCGCUUCUGCCUGGGGCUCUGGCUGCUUCAUCCCAACCCCUCCGGGGCCGAGCCGGGGCUGGGCUCCUGCAGGGAAAGGAGUAGCUGCAGCGUUGCCUCUCCCGAGGCUGCUGCUCCCGCUCGAGGGCUGGAGCUGGGCUGGGCUCCCCGCUCCUCUGCGCUGGGGGGGGGAGCGCUGCGACACCGAGACCUCACAUCCCCCCCCCGCAGCUCCGGUUUUCUCUCUUUGGGCCAGGGUCUGGGGGUCCCCUGGGCCCCACGUGCCGGGGCAGCCUCUUCCUCUUAGCAGUGCUCGCUCCCCAAAUUCCCCCAGAAUCUUCCCGCUUUUCUCUUGCUGCUGCCGGGCUUAAGGGACCCUCCUGAGCCCUCCACCUGCUGGGUAUCUGGUCUGGGGAGCCGGCAGGAUCAGCCCCCAUCCCUGUGCCUCUCCCGAGCCACGUGUGAAAGAUCCUUUCCCUCUGCCACCGUGCCGGACACCGUCCUGGGUGACUGUCCCCUCCGGCAGCUCGGUCUUGAGUGGCAGAGACCGGAGUUUGGCACCCUGAACCACGCUGCGCCUCUCAUUGGUCCCCAACGACGGUGGCUUUUGGGGCCACCGCUGACUUGGGAUCACGUCAUGGACCAAAAUCUCAAAGCACGUCCCUGUCCCCGUCUCUUUUGGGCUCCGAAGGUCCUGGAGCUGGGCUGGGGCAGGUAUAACUGGAAGCCUGUGCAGGGAGGGUGGGAGUGGGAUGCUCUUCCCCCCCCGGGUCACAGGAGCCAAACGUGGGGGCAGUGGUGGUGCCUUCGUGCUGCCCCAUGCCCGCUCACAGCCCUGGGGAACCCGGAGGGGACCGUCCCCUGGCUGGGGGGGGGGGGCUUGGGCUGCGCCGCACCGCGGGGCCAGGCUGCUUCCAGGGGGAAGCUGCCGCUUUUGCUAUUCCCAAAGGAAAAAGGGGGGGGGAAUCUAGGGACCAAAGCAGCCGAGUUGGCUCUGGGGACACGUCCCUGGGGACAGUCUCACGGAGGGGGAGAGGAUCCCGCCCGCCUCAUGCUCGCAGUCCCCUUUCCCAAAGCGCACAGGGCUGGUUCGGGGACGGUGCUGGGGUUGGGGCGAGCGGGGUCGGGGGGCUGCUGUUCUGGCGGGGAGGGGGGUUCCCAGCAGGACAGAGACCCGCCGGGCGGGCGGGAGCCGGGGCAAGGGGAGCGUUUUGCUCCUGGCUUGUUCCCCAGUUGGCUGCAAGGGGAGCGGGGAGAGUGACGGGGACUCCUGGCACCGUCGUCCCCGCGGGGUGGAAACGGGACCCCCGGGGGCAGCCAGGGUGGGCUUCACGGGAUGGGAAUCCCGGUUGGUGCUAAAACAAGCGAGCACAAGAGCGGGGGUGGGGGGGGGGGGUGGCUGGGCAGGGGGGAGUCUGCAUCUCCCUGCUAAUCCUCUUCUUAAUCACGUUCUUGUCUGGGAAUGGGGGGGGCGAGUAUCAAUGUGAAUAAACCGUUUUUUAAUGGACCAAAUAACACAGGCGAUUACAUUUUGGUAUAAAGACCUUUUUUUAAUGCUACCUUGAAACCAUUGUCCUAAUUCUCCCCUCCCACGCCCUGCCCCUUCUCCCCUGCCAUGGGAAACAAACCUCUUACUGCUUGAUUUCUGCCUUUUUCUCUCGACUUAUGCACUUUUUUGCCUUUUUUCAUAGCUGAAAAGCACCUAAACCUGUAUUUAAAAUAAAUAAAUAAAUAAAAUAGAAAAAAAAAAAAAAAAAGAAAAGAAAAAUUAAAAGCUAAAUUGCUUCUCAUCACAUGUAAAAUAGACCUUGUCCACCCCAGCUUCCCCAGUUGCGUCUCAGUGCUGAGCUUAGAACGUGUUUUCUUCUGGAUCCAUCGCUUGAUUGGGGUUUGUCCUUGUGUACUCCUUCCCGUCGGGUUGGGCACCCACCAAUAAAAAAAUGUCAUUUGGCCUUUUUAACCGAACCAUCGAAUGGAACAAACCAACUGAUUCUCUUCCCGGUUUACUCGAAUUAAAAAUAAAAGUAUAAUUUUUACCUGUCA